UCUCCCACCCUCAGGCCACUGAGACGGAGGCACAGAGGGCCGCCCCCACGCGGCCGAGGCCCCGCCUCCCGCUCGCCAGCCCGCGCCUCCAGCGGAAGCCGGAAGCAAAAGCGGGUCCUGCUAGCCCCGCAGCUCCGAACUCGGUGGUCCUGGAAGCUCCGCUGGAUGGGGGAGAAGAUGGCGGAAGAGGAGAGGUUCCCCAAUACAACUCAUGAGGGUUUCAAUGUCACCCUCCACACUACCCUGGUUGUCACGACGAAGCUGGUGCUCCCGACCCCUGGCAAGCCCAUCCUCCCCGUGCAGACAGGGGAGCAGGCCCAGCAAGAGGAACAGUCCAGCGGCAUGACCAUUUUCUUCAGUCUCCUUGUCCUAGCUAUCUGCAUCAUAUUGGUGCAUUUACUGAUCCGAUACAGAUUACAUUUCUUGCCAGAGAGUGUUGCUGUUGUUUCUUUAGGUAUUCUCAUGGGAGCAGUUAUAAAAAUUAUAGAGUUUAAAAAACUGGCGAAUUGGAAGGAAGAAGAAAUGUUUCGUCCAAACAUGUUUUUCCUCCUCCUGCUCCCCCCUAUUAUCUUUGAGUCUGGAUAUUCAUUACACAAGGGUAACUUCUUUCAAAAUAUUGGUUCCAUCACCCUGUUUGCUGUUUUUGGGACGGCAAUAUCUGCUUUUGUAGUAGGUGGAGGAAUUUAUUUUCUGGGUCAGGGUUUUUUUUGUGUCUGUGUGUUUGUGUGUUUUAUUUUACAGGCUGAUGUAAUCUCUAAACUCAACAUGACAGACAGUUUUGCGUUUGGCUCCCUAAUAUCUGCUGUUGAUCCAGUGGCCACUAUUGCUAUUUUCAAUGCACUUCAUGUGGACCCAGUGCUCAACAUGCUGGUCUUUGGAGAAAGUAUUCUCAACGAUGCAGUCUCCAUUGUUCUGACCAACACAGCUGAAGGUUUAACAAGAAAAAAUAUGUCAGAUGUCAGUGGGUGGCAAACAUUUUUACAAGCCCUUGACUACUUCCUCAAAAUGUUCUUUGGCUCUGCAGCGCUCGGCACUCUCACUGGCUUAAUUUCUGCAUUAGUGCUGAAGCAUAUUGACUUGAGGAAAACACCUUCCUUGGAGUUUGGCAUGAUGAUCAUUUUUGCUUAUCUGCCUUAUGGGCUUGCAGAAGGAAUCUCACUCUCAGGCAUCAUGGCCAUCCUGUUCUCAGGCAUUGUGAUGUCCCACUACACGCACCAUAACCUCUCCCCAGUCACCCAGAUCCUCAUGCAGCAGACCCUCCGCACCGUGGCCUUCUUGUGUGAAACAUGUGUGUUUGCAUUUCUUGGCCUGUCCAUUUUUAGUUUUCCUCACAAGUUUGAAAUUUCCUUUGUCAUCUGGUGCAUAGUGCUUGUACUAUUUGGCAGAGCGGUAAACAUUUUCCCUCUUUCCUACCUCCUGAAUUUCUUCCGGGAUCAUAAAAUCACACCGAAGAUGAUGUUCAUCAUGUGGUUUAGUGGCCUGCGGGGGGCCAUCCCCUAUGCCCUGAGCCUGCACCUGGACCUGGAGCCCAUGGAGAAGCGACAGCUCAUCGGCACCACCACCAUCGUCAUUGUGCUCUUCACCAUCCUGCUGCUGGGCGGCAGCACCAUGCCCCUCAUUCGCCUCAUGGACAUCGAGGACACCAAGGCACGCCGCAGGAACAAGAAGGACGUCAACCUCAGCAAGACGGAGAAGAUGGGCAACACUGUGGAGUCGGAGCACCUGUCGGAGCUCACGGAGGAGGAGUACGAGGCCCACUACAUCAGGCGGCAGGACCUCAAAGGCUUCAUGUGGCUGGACGCCAAGUACCUAAACCCCUUCUUCACUCGGAGGCUGACGCAGGAGGACCUGCACCACGGGCGCAUCCAGAUGAAAACUCUCACCAACAAGUGGUACGAGGAGGUACGCCAGGGCCCCUCCGGCUCCGAGGACGACGAGCAGGAGCUGCUCUGACGCCAGGUGCCAAGGCUUCAGGCAGGCAGGCCCAGGAUGGGCGUUUGCUGCCCACAGACACUCAGCAGGGGCCUCGCAGAGGUGUGUGCAUCCAGCAGCCCCUUCAGGACUCCAGACAUAGAGGGCGGGGCGAGGUACUGGCUGCAGGGUCACCUUAGUCCAGAACUUGCCAGGCCUUUGGAGCCAGGUGACUUCUUGGGAAACUGUCAUCUCCCCACUCCUCCCUGAGCCAGCCUCUGCUCAGUGUGGCUUGUCGGCCCACAGAGGGGAGGGAGCACGGGGCCAAGUGCCAGUCAUCUGUGAAGCUGGGGCACCUACCCCGCCACCUGGAGGACCCCUGUGGCCCCCUGCCUAGAGCACCAUCUACAGGUGUGCCAUUCCCCAGCCACUGCCUUCAUCCUGCCCCCGCCGGACUGGCAGAGCCAGGGGUGAGCCACCUGCCUUUGAGUCAUCAAGAUGCCUCCACAGCCACAAUUCUGACCUAAGUGGCAGGGCCCAGAAAUCUUGAAAAGCUCCCGCUGCCCUGUGUGGCACUUCCUGUGCUUCCUCAGGGAGAGGGAGAGAAACGGAGUGACCUUUUUCCAUUGUCUGAUUGGCACUUCUCAGCCUGUCUCCCUGGACAGCAGGUGGCUGCUGCCUUUCUCUGGGCAUCUUCUGAAUGUUUACACUGGUACCUUCUGGUAUCUUCUUUAGAGCCCCCUGCAAGCUGCAACCCAAGGCUUUUAUCUUGCAGGGUCAGAGCGCCCUCUAGAGGGAAAAGCUAGAGGCACAGGGUUCCUGCUGGCCCACAACUGCUGUCUUAAUUAGGUUUAAAUUCAUGCAUUUUACAGCAAAGUGCUGAGAGCCUCGUAGUCACCUCCUGCCAUCUGAUCUCCCUCCCCACCAUUCCCAUACUCAGUUGUUCUUUUGUCUAACCGGAGGCCACUGUGCCGAGGCCCUGCAGUGUCUGCUCACUGCUGCCAUCUUCGCUGCUAAUCAGGGUUCCAUCCUCUUUCCCCUCUCCCAGUUCCCCACCACGUUGGAUCCCAUUUGUCACCCAUGCUAGGGUCCCCAAAGCACUGGGGCAGGGGCCAGAGCAGCAGCACCCAGUGCUCCCCUCUCCCACCCCGACCUGGAGUCAGAAGCAGAUGCUCCACGCACACACACCCCAGCCCUGUCCCAGGGGCCCGGCCUCCUCAGCCAUCUCAGGGUGAGGAGCUGUCAGUCAUGUCCAGAUGGAAUGGAGUCACUGACUCGCAUCCUCUCCUCACCUCCCCUUUGACAAGCCUCAAACUGCUCAGCUCAUCGAAAGGCCAUUGCCAACUUCCGUAUGUGGUUCUGGGUCCCAGGGAGCCUUGGAACCUGGCCCCCUGGGGUGGUUUAAUUCACCAU